AUGUGUGAUAGCGAGUCACAAUUCAAGAGUGAGCCCAAUGCUUUCAAGGGGGAGUCAUCGGACAGUCUAUUCGAUUCAAAUAGUGAGGCCAUAAGCCUUGAUGCCGAGGGUGGAGAGGAUACCGGUGUCGAGAUACUCGGUGAGGUCCCAAGCUCCGUUCCUACUCACGGCAUCGGGAAGGGGCUAAUGGUAAAGCAACCGAUGAUGUUGGCCGUGGUAUAUUGCGACGGCAGUCAUAUCGGCAUGGACUAG